AUGGUGUCUGCGACCGGCGGUCGCAACGGCAACCGCACGCGCACGCGUGCCCGUGCCCUCGCGAGGUUCUGCAGGCAGCUCCAUGCCCUCCUCCUCAAGAACCUCGCCUUCCAGAGGAGGAACUGGAAGACCAACGCCGCGAUCGCCGUGUUCCCGGUGCUGCUCUGCGCGCUGCUCGUCGCCAUCCAGGCCGUGGGCUCCAGAACAUUGCCCGCGCAUGAGCUGUUCGUCGAGCCCGGCCUCGUGCCCAACGAGACCUUAUACGUGAUCCAGUCAAAGUGUUCGUGGCAAAAGCACAAUGUUUCAGGAAAUUCUGAUGGUGGAAUGCCACUCCAACUGGGUUAUGACUUUCUUGAUACAAGCAAGGGGCUGUUCCAUGUAUACGUUUCGUACAACUCCAGCUUCAGCAGGGACAAUGGGCACCAUUCCAUGACAGUUUUGCGCGUUGCACGGUUGGUUAAUAUGGCAUCCACUGCAUAUCUCAAGCAGGUUCUACCAGGAGUGAAUGCAGAAAUGCGCCUAGAAUUUCUGAAAGAGAUGCCCAAAGCUGCAAUCAAAAUGAAACUGGACCUCACAACUCUCCUCGACGCACUCUUCUUCACAUGGACGGUUCAACUCCUCCUUCCAGUAAUAUUAACAUAUCUUGUUUAUGAGAAGCAGCAGAACCUAAGACUAAUGAUGAAAAUGCAUGGACUCAAGGAUGGACCAUAUUGGCUGAUAUCGUAUUCCUACUUCCUGUCCCUUUCAGGAGCAUAUGUGACCUUCUUUGCGGUUUUCGGCUCACUUAUAGGUCUCGACAUAUUCAGAUUGAACAGCCAUGUUAUACAGUUUUUGUUCUUUUUUAUCUACAUCAACCUGCAAAUUGUUUUAGCCUUUCUCCUCGCGUCAUUCUUCUCAUCGGUCAAGACUGCUAGUGUAAUAAGUUACAUCUAUGUCUUUGGCUCUGGCCUUCUCGGAGAAGCGCUAUUGAAGUUGUUCAUUGAGGAUACUAACUUUCCAAGACCUUGGCUAGUGAUAAUGGAGCUUGUUCCCGGGUUCUCCCUCUACCGAGGGGUUUAUGAGUUAUCCGAGUAUGCAGCUGCAGGAAGCUACAUGGGGAAGCCUGGAAUGCAAUGGGGGGACUUGAACGACCCGAUCAACGGGAUGAAAGAUGUUUUGAUUCUGACGUUCAUAGAAUGGAUACUUCUGCUUCUUGUGGCAUAUUUUUUGGACCACAGACCUGCAUGGCAUCCUAUUUUUCUCUUCGGAAUUCUGUCGACCAAGCACUCGUCGCCGUCAUAUAAAGCGAAUCCGAGAUCCAAGAGGGUCUUUGCUGAUAUGGCCAAGGAUGAUGUUUUCCUCGAGCACAAGGUGGUGAAACGAUUACUGAAGGAAAUGGACACUAGGAAUAUGAUCAUCUGCCACAAUCUAAAGAAAGUGUACCGUGGGAAUAACAGGAACCCCGACAAGCUCGCGGUGAGAGGGUUGUCGCUCGCAUUGCACAAAGGGCAGUGUUUCGGAAUGCUUGGUCCCAAUGGGGCAGGGAAGUCAUCCUUUAUCAACAUGAUGAUUGGACUAGUGGCGCCUACUUGCGGAACUGCUUACAUACAUGGAAUGGAUUUGAGAAAAGAUAUGAAUGAAAUAUAUGCAAACAUCGGUGUAUGUCCACAGCACGAUUUGCUUUGGGAGACUCUGACAGGAAGAGAGCAUCUACUGUUUUAUGGUCGAAUGAAGAAUCUCGCAGGUGCUGCUCUAACGAAGGCAGUCGAGGAAUCCUUGAAGAGCGUGAACCUUUUCCACUGCGGUUUUGGCGACAAAUCUGUAAGCAAGUACAGUGGUGGCAUGAAAAGAAGGCUCAGUGUCGCUAUCGCACUCAUCGGCAAUCCUAAAGUAGUUUACAUGGACGAACCGAGCACCGGGUUGGACACGAUAUCCAGGAAUGAUCUGUGGAACGUCAUCAAGCGAGCAAAGAAGGAAUGCACCAUCAUACUCACAACCCAUUCAAUGGAAGAGGCCGAGGAGCUGUGCGAUCGGGUUGGCAUCUUCGUGAGCGGAAACUUUCAGUGCCUUGGAACACCCAAGGAGCUGAAGACAAGGUACGGCGGCACCCGCAUCCUGACGAUAACGACGGUGGCGGAGCACGAGGAGGUGAUGGCCCGGCUGAUCGCCGAGCUGUCGCCGAGCGCGGUGAAGAUCUACGGCAUGUCGGGGACGCAGAAGUUCGAGCUGCCGAAGCGGGAGGUGCGGCUGGAUGGCGUAUUCGGCGCGGUGGAGGCGGCGAGGGCCAUGUUCCCCGUGCAUGGGUGGGGCGUGGCAGACACCACGCUGGAGGACGUCUUCAUCCGGGUCGCCAAGGACGCCCGCGCCUUCGAUGUCCUCUCGUAGUCGUAGUCCUAGCGGCGGCGGCGGCCAGCUAGCCAGCUUAGGGUGGAGAUCUGAAAUGUGUACAAAUUUGCGAUUUUAGGGCGAUUUAUUGAUUGUUAGGUUAGAAAGGAACUGAA